AUGCCUCCAUUCCGUAGACGUUGGAUCGCACGCACAGUGCCUUUGGGAGUGUUCUCAUUGCAUAUGAUGAGGAGGAUGUUGGAAAUUUUCUUGGCAAUGGAGGAGUUCGUGGUAUCUGUGGGAAAGAGUGUGUAUCCUGGCGUUGGGUCUAGAAGGAUUUGCUUGGCUCUUAACGAUGCCUGUGCUAAUGCCUGGUCAAUAGUGGGGGGGAGUGCCGAUUCAGCAUUGGUCAUGGCGCCUGUCGAUGCACAUCGUGCAGCUGAGCAAGCUGACAAUCUGAAUCAACAGGUGGAGAGCUUGAAUGGAUGCAUCGCCAACGAGCCUGCCAUGGAUGUCGAGGAUGAAGAUAUUCAUUGUGUGCCUUCACCAUAUGAACCGUCUUGUGAAUAUCACCCCAACUCUGGAAUCCUGGCGCAAACACGAACAUUCUCGAUGUUUCAGCGCGACAUUUUGGAAGACCCACCAUUUCCCGAUACACAACCUUGGGUGCCAUUUCAAUCUCGCCUGGACUUCGAGGCAGCUGAACUUGCUCAUGAAGCUGCCCUUAGCCAGCCUCAAAUUGACUGGCUGAUCAACCUUUUGCAUCGCUCAAAGCAGGAUUCAGAGUCUUUCACCCUCUACAACUACAAAGAUGUUCGGAACAUGUGGAGUGCUAUCCAUACCCACAAUGCUACAGCUGGUCUUUCCCACAAAAACAACCUCACUCUGAAUUCUGCACACAAUUCCAUCAAUGUAAUUGGUGCUUCUGAAUCCCCUAUACCCCUCUCCCACAGUACCACCUUUCCACUAUCAACGACGCCUGUCAUCAAGUCACCACUGCAGCAUAACAUGCGAUUUGCAUUGAGAGGUUGGAUUGUGAAGCAAGCUUCAUAG